AUGAACGGCAUGGGUCUGCUCAUCUCCGCGCCCAGGUCGCGUCCGGAACGGCGCAAAAUCUUGGGGUCGAAUCCCAGGAAAUCCAUCCCAUUCAUGCAGGAUACCAGGUUUCUCCAUCAUCAAGUUGUUCUCUCUCUCUCUCACACACACAUGCAUGAUGCGUUUUCGAGGCGCCCGUAA